GAGCAUAGAAAAAAUGGCUUCUCCUCAUGUUGUUCUGUUUCCUUUCAUGUCCAAAGGCCAUAUUAUCCCUAUCUUUGACCUUGCUCGUCUCCUUCUCCGCCGUGGAAUAUCCGUCACCGUCUUCACCACUCCGGCGAGCCGUCCUUUUUUCUCCAACUCCCUUUCCGACACCAACGUCAAUAUUAUCGACAUCCCAUUUCCUCAAAAUAUCGAAGGAAUUCCCAUAGGUGUUGAGAGUACUGAUAAACUUCCAUCCAUGUCCCUUUUUGUUCCAUUUUCCUCGGCUACAAAAUCAAUGAAAAUCAAUUUUGAACAAGCCUUAGCUGCUCUUCUGCCAGUUACUUUCAUGAUCACUGAUAGUUUCCUCCUAUGGACUUUAGAUUCUGCAAACAAGUUGAGUAUCCCAAGAUUCGCCUUUAAUGGGAUGACCACCUUUUCCUUGUCCUUAGGGCGUUCCUCUCAUGAUCUCCUUCGAACAGAAUUGUCUGAUGAUGAAAUGUUCACACUCCCUGAUUUCCCCUGGAUUAAGCUCACUAGAAAUGACUUCGAUUCACCCUUCAGAGAGCGUGAUCCGAAGGGUCCCUUUUUCGAUCUUAUCUUGGAAUCCGCCACUGCCUCUAAAAGCUAUGGUCUAAUUGUCAACAGCUUUUACGAGCUUGAAUCUGUUUAUGUAGACUAUUUUAAUAGUAAGUUUAGUCCUAAAGCAUGGUGCGUUGGACCCUUUUGUGCAGCGACCGCACCACUACAGCAAAGGUUAGAGAAGCCUUCAUACAUAAAGUGGCUUGAUGAAAUGCUAGAACAGGGGAAGCAAGUUUUGUACAUGGCAUUCGGGACCCAAGCAGAGUUAUCUCCUGAACAAUUCAAGGAAAUCAAAAUUGGGUUGGAGAAAUCCCAAGUCAACUUUUUGUGGGUAGUCAAGAAAAGUAUAGAUGAAGUCGAUGACGGGUUCAAAAACAGAGUGAAAAACAGGGGACUGAUGGUGACAGAGUGGGUUGAUCAGAGAGAAAUCUUGAGCCACAGGAGUGUUGAAGGUUUUCUUAGCCACUGCGGUUGGAAUUCAGUGGUGGAGAGCAUAUGCGCGAAGGUUCCCAUACUGGCGUGGCCAAUGAUGGCUGAUCAACACCUGAAUGCGAGGAUGGUGGUGGAGAAAAUCAAUAUUGGACUAAGAGUCGAGACGUGUGAUGGGUCAGUGAGAGGGUUCGUGAAGUGGGAAGGACUGGAAAAGUCAGCAAAGGAGUUGAUUGAAGGAGAGAAAGGUAAAGAGGCAAGGAAGAAAGUGAAGGAGAUUGGAGAGGUAGCCAUUAAUGCAGUAAAAGAAGGUGGAUCAUCAUGGCAAACGUUGAAUGAGCUUAUUCAUGAAUUAACUGAAAUAUGUAUCCUUGUUCGGUAA